AUAGCAAGAACACUCGGAACAUAUUUCUCUGACUGGAUACAUGUUAUUAUUUCAUUUUAUACGUUACAUGACUCCAUUGGUGAUUAUUUUACAAUUGGUUCGUCGAGAAAGGACUGUUUGUUGCUGUCUGGCAUGCUUACCUGGAGCAGUACUUAGCUUUGGGGAACCUUUGUAAUAUAAUGGCAGAAUCAGAACUUACAAGCAUUAGUGACAAUUGUGUUGAAAUGAACACUCCUGAUGUGAUUAGUGGAACUCUGGAGAAAAUUGGAGAGCCAAAGAUCUCUAGUGGAUCUGGUAUUGUACAAGAUAAAGCACCCUCAGAGCCUACUGAAGUAGAUAAAGAAUUUAAUGAAAAAAAUGAAAUUAAAGAAGUAACAAAGACAAUGUUAUAUGAUGUGAAUAUAAAGAAUGAAGAACCCCUUACAAGUGAUGCUGGACAAGCAGAGGUAGAUAACAAUAAAGUCAGCAUUGUCAAAAAACAGCCAAAUGAAAACCAAGAGGGAAAUACAGUGUGUCAACCGGAAUUAACUUCCAGCCAUGAUUAUGAAUUAGUUGAAGGGCAUUAUUAUUAUACAGAUAAUACAUCAGGACAAAGAUAUAAAUUUGAUGCAAAUGCUGGUGAAUGGGUUAUGAACAGUGAAGAGAAAGAAAAUGAAAAUAAGGAUGAACAAAAAAUAACUAGAGACAGUGAAGGAAGGACUUAUUACUAUGCAGAAAACAUGUACCUGUGCAAAGACCCUUUUGGAAACGUAUUUUACUUGAAUGACAAUCAUGAGUGGAAGCCAUGGUCAGAAAGGGUAGCUUCCUGUGCUGACUCGGGUGAAGAACAAAACACUUCAAAAUGGUAUUUUUAUCAAGGUGAUUCAAUGUUUUAUAGAGAUAACUUGUCAAACAUUGUAUACAAGUUAAAUAAAGAAAGCAAUACAUGGGAAGUAUAUGAAGGAAAGUUGAAAAGAAAAAAACCACGGAUUGAUGAAGAGGAAGAAUUCGACACUGACGAAGAAGAUUCGGAUGAAGAAUUUGGUAAUGGUUUACAGCCUCCUGGUGCAAGAAGUGACCCGAACAUUAACUAUGAUGGUGUAAUGUACACAAAACUUGACCCAAGUGACAAUAUGAUGUACGAAUGGGAUGCAAACAGACGGGCAUGGUUUCCCAAGGUUGAUGAGGAUUUCAUGGCUACUUACCAGCUAUCAUAUGGCUUUAACCCAGACGGGACCAAAAAUUUAAACCCACUUAAGUUUGAUGAUGGAGAAGAAGAAGCAGCAGCAGCAAGAUUAGCUGAAGAAGAAGAAAAAAAAGCUAAGGCAAAACUUAAUCAAGUAAAAAAGAAACCAACCUGGUUUGAAAUGGAUGAUGAUCACAAUACCAAAGUUUAUGUGAGCAACCUUCCUGACUCUAUGACAGAACAUGAAUUUAUUGAAUUGAUGCAAAAAUGUGGCAUGAUUCUUAAAGAUAUUGAUACAAAUAAACCGAAGAUUAAAAUGUAUCGAGAUGAAGAGGGAAACUUCAAAGGAGAUGCACUUUGUACUUACAUAAAGGUAGAGUCUGUGAAUUUAGCCAUGCAAAUCCUUGAUGAGUAUCAGGUUGGCAAUAAGAAGAUACACGUUGAAAAAGCCAAGUUUCAACAGAAAGGGGAGUAUAACCCAAAGCUGAAACCUCGGAAAAAACAAAAGAAAAUUUUAGAAAAAAUCCAGAAACGACAGGAAAAAUUAUUUGACUGGCGGCCAGAACCAUUGCGCGGCCAAAGACAAAAAAACGAAAAUACUGUUGUUAUACGUAAUGCAUUUGAUCCAAGGGAGUUCGUGGAUGCUAUGGAAAAAAUGUUGGUUCAUAAAGAGACAUUGAGAAAUCAGUGUGAAAAUUUUGGAAAAAUUAAGAAAAUGGAGCUGCAUGACCUCCACCCAGAUGGUGUUGUCCAAGUAACAUUUGAGGAAGUGGAAUUUGCAGACAUGUGCAUAGCAACUCUCAACAGGCGCCUUUACAAUGGGCGAACCCUUCAUGUUUCAGUUUGGGAUGGAAAAGAAAAAUUCAAGAUUGAAGAAACAGAAGCAGAACGAGAAGAACGAUUGAAAAGAUGGAGCAAGUUUUUGGAAAGUGGAGAGAACACUGAUAAUUGAAACAAAUGAAAUACCAAGAGCUGAAAUAAGGCACUAUAAACAUUAAGCUUACAUUCAAGAUUUUUCCUGAAGUUUACAUUUUUUUUUAUAUAUAUAUUACACAUUUUUUAUGAUUGAGAAUUUUAUUUCAAUAACAUAAUUUUCAUAUUUCUUGUACAGUAAUUCAAAUUAAAUUAAAAAAAAAUUAAAAAAUUUUGAUUGUAUAUUUGUCAUUUUGUUGUUGGAAUGGCAUUUGUUGCAUCCUUGUGAAAGAUAAUUUAUAUAAGAGAGAAAAUGAGUGUGUGUAAUUUCCUAAGUGUAGUUACAGAAUAAGAGCUACACUCGUGGUGUCCCUUCUUCCCUAUAAUCUUUGGCAUAUGACACUUUGAAACAAAUGAUGGUUUUGACAUCCAGCACCUUCUCACUUAAAUUAUUCCAGCUGUCUAUAACUCUGUUCCCUAAAGGGAAACUUUUGUAUAUUUUUUAUGGGAAACCCAUUGUGGCUCUCUGAAGCUACUAUAGGAUGAGAUGGUGCAACCUACUAGGUCGCAUCAACUGUAGAAUUUUAUAGGCCUACUGGGGACCAGCACCAGAACCUGGCCCACUCAAAGGUGCAGGGAAUGGUGACAUUUAUUUUUGCCACAUCACCAGGGAAGGCAACCAAAAAGUCAGAUAGUCAAAACACACUGUUGCUGCUGGAUUAAAAAAAGUAUGAAGCCUUGAAACUUGCCUAAAAAUCUCCCCCCUCCCCCCAACUAUGUGAACAAAUGAUUGAAUUCUCUUGGAACUAGUGCUCUCAAAACUACUGUAGGCUCGCUCUACACUGCAGUGUACGAGUAGUGCCACCAUAGUCAGCCACAACGAGCAGUCACCCCGCACUUAGCUGAACAAGCAGACCACCAGAGCCAGCAUGGAAGAGAGGCAACCUGGUAUGUACUACAUCAGCUAUGGAAUGGGUUGAGGCGCCAACUGAUGGUGAGCUCCUGUCCCCAAAACGAGUGAGGGAAGUGGGACAAAUCAGCUCAUGUUAGUUUCAAAAUAAUUUGAUCAUUUGUUUACAUAGUUGGGGGGAGUUCUUUUGGUGGGUUUUGAGGCUUCAAUCUCUUUUUGAAUCCAGCUGUGGUGUGUUUUGACUCAUUGACCUUGUGGUUGCCUUCCUUAGUGAAGUGACAGAAAUAAACAUCACCGCUCCCUAGGCAUCUUUGAGUGGUCCAGGUUCUGGUGCUGGUAGGCCUGUAGAACUACAUGGCUGAUAUGACCUGGUAGAUGUAUAAUUUCAGCAUAUUGUACAGUAGCUUCAGAGAGUUACUGGGGCCCACUCAGAAUUUGGCAUUUCAUUACAUUCAACAUGGGUUUUCUGUAGAGAGCCCCUUCGGCUCCCCGGAGCUAUACUGGGCUGAUGUGUAUAUAUAUAUUAGACCGUGGCAACAGUCAGUUGAUGGAAUUCUAGG